UUAGGGUUAUAUUUUAGGUUAUUAUGUCCUUAAGAAUAAAUAUUUACAGUAAAAGUACCCAAAAACAACGUCUCUAUAUUUUUUCCAGCUCCUCUUUCAUGAGCUCUGUUCAGAACACCUGGUUUUGGCCCGUCUAAGUAAUAUUCAUGAGCCUCUCUGCUGAUUGGCCUGUUGUUUUCUGAGUGACGCUCAGCCGGGCCAACCACAGUUAACUAGUGUCAUGUAUGCCGUAGUCACGCUGUGCCUUGGUAAUACACACAAUAUCAAUAGAAAAACCGAUAAGUAAAUGAUGGAGACUACUCGGGGAAAUAUUUUUCGUCCUUACAUGUUUGAGCCAGAGUCAGACCCGGAAUCGGCGCAGACAGUAGAGAACAGACCACCUCCUCAAACGCGUUUACAACAGGACGUGUCAGAAUGGUGUACUUGUGGUAACUGUGCACGGAUGUCCACAGAACGCGAGAACACAUGCUGUAAGGAGACACCCAAGGUUUUAAGAAGAAUGAACCAAGUGUUAUCACCUCCAAACUGCAUGAUUGACCAUCCUGGUCUUCAGCCUGUAUGCUUGGAUGUUUAUUCAUUACAAAAUGCAUACAAUAUUUACCGGGCUGAUUACGGGCGUUUGCGACUAAGUACACAACGGUGUUACAGGUAUCUGGCAUACAGGAGCUUUGUCAGCUGGUGCUGGGGCUUUUUGGGCCGGAGAGUUAGGGUUGUCAUUCCCUCAUGUGUUGUCCUGCGAAUACGGCGUGAGUUCCCUGAAACUACAGGCAGCUACGUAGGGUUUAGACCACCUCUCGACUGA